UCGGGCCCCAGAUCGGGCUCACCGACCCACACCAUCAGUCGCGAUAACCACAUUAUUCUUCCUCUCUCUUUUUCUCUGUCAUCCGUUUCAUAUGUAUCGCUUAAAAGUUCAGUUUUUAUCCCAUAAAAAAUAAUCUACGAAUUAUUGCUUUGAAUCAUCAAAAAGCAUUGAACUGUGAAAGAAAACUCGUUAUUCGACAGAAGUAUACGCAUUCGAUUGGUCCAUGGGACAUAGUGAAAUAGUCGUUUGAUGGACUCAAACAACAUUCCAGCUGCAUCAAGUAUUUGGAAUGUGCACAAAUCAAGAUGGUGGUGCGGUGGCGAAUGAAUCGUUGAUUCUCAGUUAUGUCACUCGUCGCUGAUCCUUCCGUCAAGGUCAUUCAGAACGGAGAAUGGAAUGGACGGAUCGUGUCCACUGCUCCUAUCGUCCUUCGUUGACCGUAGCGGCUCGGACCAAGAUCAACUUAUAUAUAAAACCCAAAAGUUGGUGCUGUAUUCGGGAGCGUCGGAUUCGAUCGAUCUCGGUUACCACACGCUCGACAACAAUGCCUGUAGAUCGUCGACGUCGCCAUCGGUGGUGGCAUUGCCGAGUAGUCGGCAACAUUCGUCGUUACAAGUGCAUCAGAAGCGAGGAGGAGGUGGUUUGCACGCGAUUGACAUAACCCAUUUGAACGAUGAUUUGUUACUGAAAAUAUUUGGUUGGUUGAGUACACGAGACCGUUGUAUGGUGGCGCAAACGUGUAGAAGAUUGUGGGAAAUCGCGUGGCAUCCGAGCCUAUGGAAGGAGGUGGAAAUAAGGUAUCCACAAAACGCCACGACGGCGCUGCGUGCGGCAGCGCGACGAGGGUGUCACUCUCACAUAAAGCGGCUGACGAUAGAGGGCGCGACGGGCUUUUCCGGAGUUUUUUCGUUGCUUCCGUUUUCGAGUCUGACAUCGUUGGUGCUUCGACAUUCGAGGCGCGUUACCGACAACAACGUGACGAGCAUACUGGACAAUUGUCCGCAUUUGAAAGAAUUGGAUUUGACCGGUUGCGUGAGCGUAACUCGAGCUUACACUCGGAUCGCAGGAUCGCCGUUGGAAUCGUUGGACCUGAGCGAUUGUCACGGAGUCGACGACUCCGCUCUCGUUCUCACACUUUCGCGAAUGCCAAAUUUAACCUUCCUUUAUCUCCGCCGUUGCUUCCGCAUCACCGACGCGAGCCUCGUUUCCGUAGCUUCCUAUUGUCCCAACCUGAGACAAUUAUCCGUUUCUGAUUGCUCAAGAAUCACGGAUUUCGGUGUUCGCGAACUCGCCGCCCGACUCGGACCUUCCUUGCGUUAUUUCUCCGUUGGAAAAUGCGACCGUGUCUCCGACGCCGGAUUACUCGUCGUUGCCAGACACUGUUACAAGUUAAGGUACUUGAACGCACGAGGCUGCGAAGCUCUUAGUGACAGUGCCACCAUCGCGCUCGCACGUUCUUGCCCAAGACUCCGGGCACUCGACCUCGGCAAAUGCGACAUCGGCGAUCCAACUCUCGAAGCACUCUCCACCGGAUGUCCCAAUCUUAAAAAACUCUCCCUCUGCGGAUGCGAAAGAGUUACUGAUUCCGGUCUCGAAGCACUCGCUUAUUACGUACGUGGCUUGCGCCAAUUAAACAUCGGCGAUUGUCCCGCCGUGACGAGGCGGGGUUACAGAGCCGUUAAAAGUUACUGUCGACGCUGUGUCAUUGAACACACCAACCCCGGUUUUUCCAGCUAAUUCGAGAUUAUCUUUCGUUGAGGACAUUUCUCGCUCACUUUUUUAGCCGAAGCAUUUUAUUCGAACGCGCGAUAUUCUACUCGUGCGGUAAUUCGAAGAAGCUUUGAGAAAAUCGAAUUUUUUAUUUUCCCCUGUAAUCAAAGUCUGCGAUUUUUACAUUUUGUCAUCCUAGAAAUGACAUUUUUUUUUCAUUCUUCUUUUUUAAGUGAUUUCGAAGAAAUUCACAAAGGGUGCGAUCUCCGUUCAAUUCGAGUGUAUUCCGAUAAUAUCGAGCUGAAAUAUUCAGUUGGAACGAAAUCGUCGGAGGUGCUGGUUAAUCAACGCGUCAAACAUUAUUCAACAUUUUCGAGAAAAAACCUGCGUCUGGAUAUAUGAGUUUGUUUUUUUUUCCAAGCAACGUGAAUGUGUAAUUUUCGUUUCAAAACCUGAUACUCGUGGCUUCUCAGUUAGGGUCUUCGCCUUGAGAAAAAAAGGAAACGAAUGUUUAUUUAUUAACCCAGGAAUGCGACAACGGAGGUUUUAUGUCUGCGGUUUAUUGAAAAUCAUGGUUAGCAGAAAAAAAAUUUAGUAUUUUUAGCAUUCCUCUAGAAAAUUGCGUCGAAGUUAAUGUUUCAAAAUUGAUCUUUUUUUUUAUUCUGAGAUUUUAUUCGUGUCAAAAAUGUACUCUAGUGUAUAAAAAUUCAUAUUAUUGUUACAAUAAUUUAAGAUAAUAUUCGUGUCGGCGUUUUGAGUUUUAAGAUCACGUGUUUUACCAUUGGAAUUUUUAUUUCUUUUAAUUGGAGGUAAUCGUCCGAGCUCGAGAAAAAAAAUAUUUAUUUGAAGGGUCCAAGGAAGAUAUUGAUAUAUUAUAUGUGUUCGUUUUUGAGGAGAAAAUUUAUAAAAAAAAUAAAAAUUUUCAAGCUCUAA